GUUUUUUGCGCAGCGUGAAGAAGCGCGAGGCAGUUUUUUUCUUCCUCCGCAGCGCCGUGUUGAUUCAGAUUAAAUUAACUUUAUGGGUGUUUUUGUUGGCGUCGCAGUUUGUGGAGCGUAUGUAAACGGGUAGUAAAGUGUAAUAACUUGAUAGUUUAGUGUUAAGGUUUUUUUUUAACCUCCGACCAACGAGACUUUACUUUUUUUUCUCCCUUUUUUUUGAGAAGUAACCGAGCAGGGAGGGAGGCAGCUCAACUUUUUGGGCUGACUUACCCUAUGUGGAUUUUACUGAAACUAUGGAGCAGAUACCCGGCCUCUCCCCGAGCAAGUCUGUUGCCCUCGUCUUCUGCUUCGUUGGGCUCUCUGUCGCUCUGCAGUGUGUGGACAAUAAGGCACCUUGUGUGAACAAUGCUACAUGUCAUGCCUUUGCCAAUGGCACCGGAUACUGCAGUUGUGCUCCAGGCUUUUUGGGAGAGUACUGCCAACAUAAGGACCCUUGUCAGCCCUUUUACUGCCUAAAUGGAGGGAACUGCUCCGUGUCCAGUUCAGCUGGCGUACCUCUACCUGGUAGCGCCACCUGCACCUGCUCUCUCGGCUACACUGGACAACGUUGCCAAACCCGUCAGAACUCCACAUGUUACCCACACAACCCAUGCGCCAACAAAGGUGUCUGCACCCUGCUGUCCCUCGACAAGUAUAGGUGCGAGUGCACCAGAGGAUGGACAGGUCCACGCUGUGAGGCAGAGGACAGUUGUCUCUCCAGUCCCUGUGCCAACGGUGGAAGGUGCAGCUCUCAACCUGGUGGUAGCUACACCUGUUCCUGUCCUCCUGGCUACAAAGGUCCUCGCUGCCUUAAUGACACAAAUGAAUGUGCAGACACGCCCUCUCCAUGCCAGAAUAAAGGCGUGUGUGUUAACACCCUUGGUUCCUAUAAGUGCACCUGUACACCAGGGUUUACUGGUAAACAUUGUGAAAGCUUGUACACCCCUUGCUCACCUUCACCGUGUCUAAACGGAGGCACCUGCCACCAGAGCUCUGAAACCACCUACUCAUGCCACUGUCUUCCAGGCUUCAACGGAACGAACUGUGAGAACAACAUUGAUGACUGUCCUGGUCAUCAGUGUGCUAACGGAGGAACCUGCAUAGAUGGAGUUAAUACCUACAACUGUCAGUGUCCUCCAGAGUGGACAGGUCUGCUGUGCCACAGAGAUGACGCUUGUAUCAGUAACCCCUGUAGAGAGGGCUCACACUGUGACACCAACCCCGUCACUGGGAUGUUCAACUGUAACUGUCCACCUGGAUAUGUAGGCAGCACCUGCAACAUUGACAGAGAUGAAUGCAGCAUUGGACCCAACCCGUGUGAGCACGGUGGUCAGUGUGUGAACACUGACGGCUCCUUCACCUGUAACUGUGUCCGGGGUUACGCUGGGCCUCGAUGUGAGCAAGAUGUCAACGAAUGUGCUUCAUGUCCAUGCCAGAAUGAUGGCACCUGUCUGGAUCGUAUUGGGGAGUACACCUGUAUUUGCAUGCCUGGAUUUGAAGGAACUCACUGUGAGAUAGAAGUGAAUGAGUGUAUGAGCUCCCCCUGUCUGAAUCAGGGUAAAUGUGUGGACCAGGUCAGCCGUUUUGUCUGCGUGUGCCCAGCAGGUUUCAGUGGUGAAACUUGCCAGAUCGAUAUAGACGAGUGCUCCAGCACGCCCUGCUUGAAUGGAGCCAAAUGCAUUGACCGUCCCAAUGGAUAUGAAUGCGAAUGUGCUGAAGGUUUUACCGGCCUCCUCUGUGAAGAGAACUUUGAUGAGUGCAACUCAUCGCCAUGCCACCAUGGCGUGUGUAAGGAUGGCAUUGCCACCUUCUUCUGCGAAUGUUCUCCUGGAUACACGGGUAUCAUCUGUAAUAUCCAGAUACAGGUGUGCCACAGCAAUCCUUGUCAGAACAGAGGUCGCUGCAUUAACCGGGUUGGUGCCUACCAGUGCAUCUGUCCACCAGGAACCUCAGGUGUGAACUGUGAGAUGAAUGAGAAUGACUGUGCCAGCAACCCUUGUGAGCACGGAGAGUGCCAGGAUGGCAUUAAUGAGUACAAAUGUGUCUGCUCCCCUGGAUACACGGGAAACAAAUGUGAGGUGGAGAUCAAUGAGUGUAACUCAAACCCAUGUAUGAGUGGAGGAACGUGCCUUGACAAAGUGAACGGGUUCCACUGCUUGUGCCCGCCCAGCACCCACGGCCCUCUGUGCCUGUCUGGUAUCGAUCACUGUGCUUCCCAUCCCUGUGAGCAUGGAGAAUGUAUUGACCAGCAACAUGGGUACCGAUGUGAGUGUGAAGCUGGUUGGGUUGGACAACACUGUGAGCAAGAAAAAGAUGAGUGCCAACAGAACCCAUGCCUAAAUGGCGGCACCUGUGAGGACCGACACAAUGGUUACACUUGUGAAUGCAAACUAGGCUUCAGAGGUAUCAACUGUGAAAACAAUAUAGAUGAAUGUGCCUCUGGACCCUGUCUGAACUACGGCAUUUGUAAAGAUGGAAUCAACAGUUACACUUGCAUUUGUAGUCCACCUUACACGGGUAAACACUGUGAGGUGGAACAAGAUCCUUGUGCCUUCCAACCGUGUGAGAGGGGCGGAGUUUGUCUUCCAUCUACAGAUUACACGUCCUACACCUGCCGCUGUCCACCCGGUUGGCAAGGUGCACGCUGCAACGAGGAUGUAAAUGAAUGCAUCAAAACUCCCUGCAAAAACGGUGGCCGCUGCAUCAACACUCAAGGGAGCUACGUGUGUAAAUGUCAACGUGGCUACAGUGGACACAACUGUCAGACAGACAUAGAUGAUUGCUCACCAAACCCGUGCCUGAAUGGAGGCUUGUGUGUGGACCAAGUGGCGAGUUUCUCCUGCGACUGUCGGCCAGGUUUUGAAGGGGAGCGCUGUGAUACGGAGGUAGACGAGUGCGCCAGCCAGCCCUGCAGGAAUGGAGGCGUCUGCCACGACUACGUCAACAGCUUUGUGUGUUUGUGCCGACCAGGCUUUAAUGGAAUCCAGUGUGAACACAACAUCCUUGAAUGCACCGACAGUUCCUGUCUCAAUAAUGGGACCUGCAUUGAUGAUAUCAACUCCUUCUCCUGCAACUGUCGCAGUGGUUUUUAUGGGCAGUUCUGUGAGUACGAACACGAUGAGUGUGACUCUCAGCCCUGUAAGAACGGAGGCACCUGCACAGACGGCUUGGAUACUUAUCGCUGCACUUGUCCUGUGGGAUAUAGUGGGCGGAACUGUCAGAACAUGGUGGACUUGUGCAGCCAGGUGAAGUGUAAAAACGGCGGCAGCUGCUCUCAGACAGUCACAUCCUGGAUCUGCCACUGCGCGGCGGGAUGGACAGGACUUUACUGCGACGUCCCCAGCCUGUCCUGUCUGGACUUUGCAGCCAAACUUGGUUUAGCUGUGGAAAAUGUGUGCAAGAAUGCAGGGCGAUGCAUCACCAUUGGGACUUCCCAUCAGUGUCAGUGUCAGCCAGGAUACACAGGCAGCUACUGUGAAGAAAUGGUGGAUGAGUGCAUGUCAAACCCGUGCCGCAAUGGAGCAAUGUGCAACGAUUAUCAGGGCACAUAUGAAUGUGUCUGUAAACCAGGUUACCAAGGAGUGAACUGUGAAUAUGAUGUUGAUGAAUGCCACUCUAAGCCCUGCCUCAACGGAGGAACGUGCAUCAACCUCAUCAACCGCUUUACUUGUGUCUGCCCCCCUGGAACACACGGAGUUCAGUGCGAGGUGAACGAGGACGACUGUGCCCCCAGCCCCGGCUCCUCCGAGCCACGGUGUCGAAAUGGAGGACAGUGUAUCGACGGCGUGGGUCGUUACACGUGCUCCUGUCCUGCCGGGUUUGUUGGAGACCACUGUGAGGGCGAUCUCAACGAAUGUCUGUCUGGGCCUUGCAAUGCCAUGGGCAGCCUCGACUGCAUUGAGCUGGUCAAUGACUAUCGGUGCCUCUGUCGCCUUGGCUACACAGGUCGUCAUUGUGAAUCCAUGGUGGAUCUGUGUCAGUCGAAGCCGUGUCGUAACGGAGCCGUCUGCUCUAUGAAUGCCAGCUCAGUGCAUGGAUACACAUGUUCCUGUCCUCUGGGUUUUACUGGAUUCAGCUGUGGUGAAAUAGAGGAUUACAACUGUGCCAAACUACGCUGCCAGAACGGUGGGCAUUGUGUGAAGGGCCACACCGGCCACCUGUACUGCCAGUGUAAACAAGGCUUCAAGGGGCCACACUGCGAGUUGGAGCAGUGGUGCACCCAACCCUGUCUAAACGGAGGAACCUGCAUCAAAGACCUGUCCAACCCAUACCAGCACCGCUGCCAUUGUCCCAUUAACUUCUCCGGACGGUACUGUGAGAAUAAAACACCUAGUUCCGUUGCCCCUGCCUGCCCCUAUCUGCAGUGUGAGCAGCAAGCAGGAGACAAAGUGUGUGACCAGCAGUGCAACGUCCACGAUUGUCAGUGGGACGGAGGAGACUGCUCGCUGAGAUGGCCGAAGCCCUGGGCGAAUUGCACCGCCAGCAUCCCCUGCUGGGAUCUCUUUAAGAAUGGGCAGUGUGAUAAAGAGUGUGACAACCCUGGGUGUCUCUUCGACAGCUUCGAAUGUCAGGAUGCUCAAACGGACCUCUGCAAAUACGACAAGUACUGCAAAGACCAUUAUGGUAAUGGCAUCUGUGACCAGAGCUGCUACACAGAAGCUUGCGGCUGGGACGGCCUGGACUGUUCCUCUGACGUGCCGUCCAGUGUGGCAGAUGGCACACUCAUCAUCGUGGUUUUACUGCAGCCUAAGGAGCUUCUUGGAGACUUAAACGGUUUCCUGCGCUCCCUGGGAGCCCUGCUGCGCACCAACGUGCAGGUGAAACUGAAUGACAAGAAGGAACCGAAAGUCUAUCCUUACUAUGGGGUGGAUAAAGACCAGAGACCAGACGGACAGAGGAGCAGAGCCAAACGGGAAAUGGACAGAGAGGUUAUUGGCUCUGAGGUGCACCUGGAAAUUGAUAACCGUGAAUGUUUGAAGACCUCCCCAACUCACUGUUUAUCCAACUCGUCUGCAGCUGCAUCAUAUAUCGCAGCGUCACACAUCAAAGCUGAUCUCCCUUACCCACUUGUGUCUGUUAAAAGUGAAACGGUCAAGCCACCCCCGGUAAACUAUCUGUACCUGAUUGGAGUUGCUGCAGUUAUUAUUCUGCUCGUUGUGGUGGUGAGCAUGCUGGCAGCCAAGAAGAAGCACAAACAUGGUGUCUUGUGGCUGCCUGAUGGCUUCAUGGCCUCGAAAAAUGACAAGAGGAGAGAGCCUGUUGGACAAGACGACUUCGACCUGAAGAAUUUAAAGACUCAGGAUGGAGGUAUAGCCAAUGGAAGUCAGAGAUAUCUUGAAGAAGAAGUCCCCUCAAAAAAAUUAAGAACUGAAGACAAACCUCUGCUGUCCGUCCCACUGGAUGGAGGURUUGACCGAAGGGAAUGGACCUUACAACAUCGCAAAGCUGCUGACAUCACCCUGACUCCUCCACAGGCCGACCUGGAUGCUGACUGUCUGGAUGUUAAUGUCAAAGGACCCGAUGGCUUUACCCCUCUGAUGCUGGCAUCGCUGCGUAAUGGUGGAGGCCCAGACUGCAGCCUGCAGGAAGAGGAGGAGGAGAGCGGAGGAGACGAACCGGGACCAAGUAUGAUUUCAGAUCUGAUCGCUCAAGGUGCGAAUCUGAAGGCUCAGACUGAUCGGACUGGAGAAACGGCUCUCCACCUGGCUGCCCGCUACGCCAGAGCGGACGCUGCCAAGAGACUGCUGGAUGCUGGAGCAGAUCCCAACGCUCACGACAACAUGGGGAGGACGCCGCUGCAUGCUGCUGUGGCAGCUGAUGCUCAGGGAGUUUUUCAGAUUCUGAUUCGUAAUCGAGCGACAGAACUGGAUGCCAGGAUGAAUGAUGGUACAACCCCGCUGGUCCUGGCAGCCCGGCUGGCUGUGGAAGGCAUGGUUGAAGAGCUGAUCCACUGCCACGCAGACAUUAACGCCGUAGAUGAUCACGGUAAAUCUGCUCUGCACUGGGCGGCUGCAGUUAAUAAUGUGGAGGCCACGCUUGUUCUUCUGAAGAAUGGUGCCAAUCGGGACAUGCAAGACAACAAGGAGGAGACGCCGUUGUUUCUGGCAGCUCGAGAAGGUAGCUUCGAGGCUGCGCAGGUUCUUCUCGACCACUACUCCAACCGUGACAUCACCGACCACCUGGACCGCCUCCCUCGCGACACUGCUCAGGAGCGCAUGCAUCACGACAUCGUCCGCCUGCUGGACCAGUACAACCUGGUUCACAGUCCGCACAGCGGGCCCAACCACAUGGGCGGAGGAGGAAACUCCGUCAUGUGUGGAGCCAACGGAGCGGGCUUCAUCGGCAUGCGCCCGGGACCUCAAGGCAAGAAGAGUCGGAGGAGCGGAGCCAAGGUGGGAGGUGUCGGAGGCGGGCCUAAAGAGCUGAAAGACAUGAAGGCGAAGAGAAGAAAGAAGCCCGCCGGUGGAGAAGGACCAGGUCUGGGUGCUGGAGUCAGUGCAGCAAACGGAGGAGGUACAGGAGGAGGGGGCGCUAACGGUGCGAAGGCAGCAGGAGGACUUCCAGAGAGCUCCGUCACCAUGUCACCUGUGGACUCCCUGGAGUCGCCUCACUCCUUCACAGGCGACGUCUCCGGCGCCGUGUCCAGCUCUGCGAGCUCCCCUCCUCUCCUGAGCAGUCCCAGCAGCAGGCAGAUGCUGCCUCCCGUCAGCCACAUGCUGGGACAGCAGCAGAGCUGGGUGAGGAUGCCCAAGCACGCCGGCUACAACGGCCCCAUGUUCGGCAUCGUCCCGCCCCAGAUGAGGGGAUCRCACCCCGGCAUGACCCAGCACCUGGGCCAGAGCCCCAUGAUGACUCCCAUGAACGUCAGCAUGAGCCGGGAGCAGCUGCCGUCCAUCGUCACCUUCCACAUGAUGAGUCCCGCAGCCGGCCAGGCCAUGCUGAAGCAGUCGCAGCCAGGUCMGGUGCAGGUCACGCAGUCCCAGGGGCAGAACCAGAGUUUGGGCCACCCCCAGCAGGGACAGGGGCACCUGCACUGCAGCCCGGGGAUGAUUUACCAGCUGUCGGAGCCAAUGGGCAUGGCCCACACUCUGCAGCCCCCGCACACCGCCGCCCACGGCAGCCACGGAGGGAUGGAGGGUCAGUCUCGACCGCUGCAGUCCUACCCAACCAUGCAGAGCCCCGUGGAUAAAUACCCCACGCCCCCCUCCCAGCACAGCUACACCCUGUCUGGUUCWGACGGCACCACCCCGGCCCACUCCAACCACCCGCCGAGCGAGCACCCUUAUCUCACCCCUUCACCCGAAUCCCCGGACCCCUGGUCCUCCUCUUCACCUCACUCCAACUCAGACUGGUCCGACGUCACCACCAGCCCCACCCCCCUGGGGAACACCACCACGCACUGCCGUCGUCGCACCGCACACACAUUUCGGAGCAGGCGCAGAUGCAGCCACAGCUGCAGCCGCAGUCGCAGCCGAUGCAGCAGGCGUCUCAGCAGCCUCAGCUGGGGAACAUGCAGGUGUUCGCAUGAAGCUGCCGGGAGACUGACUGUAAGCUUCUGUGUAACUAAACAACACAGAAACAAAGACUCCUUUUUUUUACUUUAUUUCUUCAUAUAUUAAUCAGAUUUUUGUUCAAAAUUAUUUUCUGUCUUACAGCUGAAAAAACUGUAUAUAUAUUUUUCACGUUACUGAUUACUGUCCGCUAAAAGCUUGGAGGUAGCUGUCACAAGCUCUAAAAAUCCCAGUCAGGCUGCCUCAGAUCUCUGCAGACUCAGCCGAGACGUUCCUCAUCAGUCAAACUUCCCUCAACGUAACAUCGUUAUGAAACUGUCGCGGCAGAAAAAACAGACUAAAUAGAGCCGCUGAGGCAGGACUGCAGAUCUGAACACUGACACCGUCUGCUCUGGACGUCAUCGCUUCCUGUUUGUUACUCACUUUCCUGACAUGUCCUUUGUUGUAAUGAACCUGACAGUACAAACUCCUGGUUAAUAAUAACAAUAAUAAUAAUAAUCACUUUUUAAUUUAACAAGUCACUUUUUUUUUAAUUGUCAAAGAAAAUGUUCCACAGAUGGGUGAGUGUGCAUAGCAGAGCUGGAGAGAGAGGUCUGGKUUUCUCUCCUGAACCGGUUGUCUCUGUGACCCAACCACAGAUGAGAGGGAGAAGAUGGAGAACUCUCCUCUUGUUUUUUUUCACAUGUUUAUUGUUUAAUACAAAGACUAUUGAAUGCUAUGUAAAACACAACACAUGCUGUCAUACUUUGGUACUUUCCAAUUCGUCUCCAGACUUGAAAAACAGGUUUUACGUUCRUGCCACUAAUGCAGUCGGUACAUGGCCUGACGUCUACGCGCCUUUCAAACCAAGCCGAGGCGUGUCAGUGGUUUGUUUUUUCUGUUCUUGGUACCACUAUUUUUAAAUCAGCUGUGGAGAGGUUACUGCAAACACUUUGUGAAAAAGUGCACAUUAGUUUUGUUACCGUUCUGUCACCAGGUUGAUGUUGUGUAAUGAAAUGUAUAUACACAUAAAGCAGAUUCUGCUCRUUUUAGUUGAGCUUCAUUUGGUUUAGACUUCCUGAUUUUUUUUGUUUCUGUUUUGUAUAAAAACUGUCCUGCACUUCCUGAAUGAUUUUGAAUGUUACAGAGGUUUUUAACCGUUAAACCGACUUGUCUUCCAAAAACAUCUAACCUGCUUUAUAGCUACAGCCAGUUUAGGGCUUUAUAAUCGUCUUAAUUCAGUCAUGUCUGAAGCUAAGUAGAAAUGUGUUUUUUGUGUUUUGAUGUUGAGCAUUGCAUCAACUACUUUUUAAAUACAGACAAUCRGUAUGUGUUGACAGCUGGAGAACAUCGGUAUCUGUAAGACCAAACUUUUUUGUGUUAAGCCAAAAAUGUUCAUUGUUUUGCUAAACUCUUGAGAUUAUUUAAAAACAGACACACAGCACUCCAACCUUGUCUGAAAGGAUGAACCAAAUGUUUAUGUUUGGCCUUUUUUUUUUCAAUAUUCUCUGCCCCGUGUUUAUAUUCUGUGUAUAAAUGUAUUUUUUUAUGUUCAUUCUUUCCUAUGUUAACCAAAAAGCUUAUAAUAUCCAUGCAAUAUGAAGUAGUUUUUUUAUGUUUGUAUAAGGUAGCGAUGAGGCCGAUUACAAAAAUUGUUUAAAACGGUGAUCAACCAAAUGUUUACUGAAAUAAAACUCAAAUCUUCACAGA